CGCGGUCUCAUCUUCACUUGGGUGACCGACCUGACACACUGAAGAAACCAUGAAGUCCGUUAUUAUCUGCCUGUGCGCCCUGUUGGCGGUUGUCGGCAGCAGAUAUAUAGAUGACGAGCGUGUGUUCAUCAGAGAUCUCGACCAAAGCGGGGAAGCUGAUCCUCCGAUCGUGAACUUGAAGAUUGACCAACCAGGAAAGGAGAGAAGGUUGACCCUACGCCGCAGAGAUAAUUUCAACAAGAACGUCCCCGUGUUCAUAACUGGUGAAGAUGGAAAGCCAAGGAAGGAGCCGAAAUCCCGUUCACUGGGUACAGCUUACCAUGACGCGGAAAGCGGAGCGGCCUUUCUCAUCUCAAGUGAUCUCGCCGAAAAUGGCGUCUACAGAAGGAGUGUGAGGGGUCUGCUUAAUGAUCGCGACCACACCAUCUACCUCGAGCCCAGCCAGGAGAUCACUACGGAUAGGAAACGUGAUGUGGACGGGGGUGUACCGCACUUGAUGGUCAGAAAGAGGAAUGAAAAAGCGGAUUUUGGAAUUGAUGCUCUCCUUGUCCCUGGCGAGACGACAGUGAGCAAGAGAGCUAAGCCGCCGAUCGUGUCGAAAAGGGCCAGCGGCAAGACAGCUUACGGCAUUGAAUUGAUGUUCGUCUGCGACUACGAGUGCUAUCAGAACCACAACCAGAAUACAGACGACAUUAGAGAGCACUUCAGCUACGUCAUUAAUGGAAUGGACCUCCGCUACGCAAACAUUGAAGAUUCUUCCUUCUCCAUGUAUCUUCGACUGGUUGCUUUGGAAAUCAGCACGUCUCCCGACAGCUGGACGUACCCAAUCGCCAGCAAUGGAUAUGUGCAGGCUACCUUGGCACUGACCAAUUUCAAGAACUGGCGAGAGUCGGUUAAGUCCUCUUUCCCCGACCAUGACCAUGCCAUGCUCAUGACCGCGUACAACAUCUAUGGGGACAACGGGAGUACAAGUGUCUUAGGUGUGGCGUACUUGACAUCUAUCUGCCUCGGAAUAAAUGCUGUAUCAAUCGUCGAGGAGAAGUUGGAACUUCCGACGGUCAUCUCCGUUGGUGCUCAUGAACUCGGUCACAAUAUCGGUUCCGUACACGAUGCUGAUGGGAACACCUGUAGCUCGAGUGACGCUUACAUCAUGUCGCCUUCAACCGGCAGUCCAACAGCGGACGAUACUUACAAGAACCCGUACAGUUUCUCUCCCUGCACUAUCACUAACUUCAAGAACGCAAUCAACGCCCUCAAUAGCGAAAACCAAAACUGUCUGCUGAACUCGGCCGCCCACGGCUCUGACGUAAUAGAGGUGGAGGCACCCGGCCAGAAGUUCGACGCUGACUACCAGUGCGAGCAAGCACACGGAGCUGGAUAUAAAUACCUCAGGGGGACGUUGGGAGAGAGCAAGUUCUGCAGGCUGCUGCACUGUUGGAAGUCAGGAGUCAACGGCUGGACAUGGCAAAGCGGCCAUGCCAGUCGAGGAACAAGCUGUGGUAACAAGAAGUGGUGUGUCGAAGGAGACUGUGUCAAUGACUCGGCAGCUCCUGCGAUGGACUCAGAUACUUGCGUGUAUGGGGACUCGCUGCUCUUGUGGAAUGGUAGCAUGACCUGUGCACAGUUAGUUGGGGAAGACAAAGCGUGGUACUGCGGGUAUAGUCAGGUUAAGGAGCACUGCUGCAAGUCGUGUGCUUAAGUUCGGGUAAUGACUGAUGCCGCAUCGAAAACGUCGGACACGCCCGUUGCUAUGCCCGUUGCCAUGUUUCCUCGAUGUUUACAUGUAGACUUCGUAAUACAAAAUGGUGGCAAGAGCAAUACAUUAUAUCAUGAA